AUGUGUCAAGAGAUUAUCUACAGAAACGGAGUGUUCUAUAUGGCCGGCGUGGAUCUGAGCACCCAAGAGAUUUACCAAAAAGUAAAAGAUGGCCUAUGCCCGGCCUUCCGCCCGACACUAGACUGUUCAGAAUGUCCUUCUGAAGAACUGAUUAACGUUAUCAAAAGAUGCUGGGCCGAGGAUCCUAACGAGAGACCUGAUUUUCCUGCGAUAAAGACGCUAAUGCGUAAGAUGAACAAAGACGGUGAUAAAGGUAAUCUUCUCGAUAACUUAUUAUCACGUAUGGAACAAUAUGCAAACAACUUGGAAGCACUUGUUGAAGAAAGAACUUCAGACUUCUUGGAGCAGAAAAAGAAGGCUGAAGACCUACUGUACAGUAUGUUGCCAAAAUCGGUGGCUAGCUCUCUCAUUCGAGGAGAAACCGUCACUGCAGAAGAAUUUGAGAGUGUAACUCUUUUCUUCAGUGAUAUUUGCGGCUUUACAGCCAUGUCAGCAGAAAGCACACCAUAUCAGGUUGUUGACUUACUCAACGAUCUCUAUACCCUGUUUGAUUCGAUCAUUGAACAAUUUGACGUGUAUAAGGUAGAAACAAUCGGUGAUGCGUAUAUGGUUGCCUCUGGGCUUCCAGUACGAAAUGGAAACUUACACGCAAGAGAAAUUGCCCGAAUGUCGAUAGCACUGUUGAGGAGCGUGUUCUCAUUCAAGAUUCGUCACAGACCCAAUGAUCAACUGAAGCUAAGAAUAGGUAUACACACAGGCCCUGUAUGUAGUGGUGUGGUUGGAUUAAAGAUGCCGCGUUAUUGUCUCUUUGGAGAUACGGUCAACACGUGUUCUCGAAUGGAAUCUAAUGGAUUACCUCUGAAAAUACACGUGAGUCCACAUACGAAAUCUGUUCUGGACAUAUUUGGAAAUUUCGACUUGGAGCUUCGAGGACCGGUGGAAAUGAAAGGCAAAGGUGCCAUUAUUACUCAUUGGCUGAAAGGGGAGUUUAAUUCAGAUGGCACAAGAACUGAAGCGAUUCCACCAAAUAUGGUUUCAGUCGUUGAGAAUCUGAGCUGA